CCGGAUCCCAGGAGCAUCAGAGGAACAGGAAUAUUAGCCUACUAGUGCUUUUACUCUCCAAAGACCCAACUGAUACUCAGGAUGCACAGGUGUGUCGGUGGAGUUUGUGUGUCUCUUAUUGUGUGCGCGUUUCUCACCGAAACACUCGGAAUGGUGAUCGCGGAAAAAGAGAAGAGAGGAUGGACCCUCAACAGCGCUGGGUAUCUCCUCGGUCCUCGUCGUAUUGAUCACCUUAUACAGAUUAAGGAUUCUCCCAGUGCAAGGGGGAGAGAAGAUCUGCUUGGUCAAUAUGCCAUAGACAGCCACAGGAGUCUUGGCGACAAGCACGGAGUGGCAGGCAAGAGAGAAAUGCCCAUAGAUGAAGAUUUCAAGACAGCAGCUCUGAGGAUAGCAGAUGAGGAUAUUGUCCACACUAUUAUAGACUUUCUUUCUUAUCUCAAAUUAAAAGAAAUAGGAGCUCUCGACAGUCUGCCUUCCUCUCUCACGUCAGAGGAAAUAAGUCAAGUCUAAUUUUGACCGAAUCCAGCACGGACACACCGUGACCUCCACAGUGACUGACUGAACUCAGUCUGAGGCUGUAUUAACAUUCAACAUCUUUUCCACCGCACUGUUCUCCACACGCUAAACUCUCUAUCACCACGCAACUUUAAUCUUUCAGAAUCACUUGACGCCUGAUGUGGAGAUGGAUUCAAAAAUAAAACCUAUAAAUGGCAUUCGACUCA